CUACGUCCGUCAACCUGCUACUUGCAAGUCCGCCAACAGCCUAUCGAGGCGCUCGUCACUGUCAAGGGCAAGGAGAAGUUUCGGAAGCCCGUGGAUCCACCACCGAUCGUAGAGCUGAAGCUUACUAACGGGGCCGAUCCUUCGAAUACCUUUUUACAGAACCCCUACAUCUUCGUCAGUGUAUCUUUAUACAAACCAGAUAGAGAUGAACCCGUCGAAUUCACCCCAAACGACUCGUUGGCAGGCACUCUGGUCUCCUCCCUACAUAGACUCAAGGAUAUUGACAACAAGGACGGCGGAUUCUUCGUCUUUGGCGAUAUCUCUGUCAAGAUUCAGGGCAGCUACAGACUACACUUCACCAUGUACGAGUUUCUGCCCUUACAAGGCGAGUUUCAAUCUCUCUACUCGAUUUCAAGCGACAAGUUCAAGGUCGUACUGCCCAAGGACUUCAAAGGUCUCGACGAGUCGACGUACCUCUCGCGGGCGUUCUCCGAUCAGGGUGUCAGACUCAGGUUGCGCAAGGAAGCGAGAGGGAUGAUGAGCAACAAGAGAGGUUAUCAGGCAGAGACAGAGUCGACCCAGCAAGCGCCUAUCGCCCCCAGCUACGAUUAUCAGGCUCCGAAAAGGAGGAAGGAAGACUACGUCGACAGCCCUGUCAUCCCAAGC